AUGACUUCACAACAAGGAAAGACCUAUCAAUUCAAGCUUGUUCUUUUGGGCGAGUCUGCUGUAGGAAAGUCAAGUCUGGUGAUGCGUUUUGUUAAAGAUCAUUUUGAUGAAUACAGAGAGAGCACUAUUGGUGCUGCGUUCUUGGCACAAACUAUCUCAUUAGAUGAUAACACUACUGUAAAAUUUGAAAUUUGGGACACAGCAGGUCAAGAAAGAUACAAGAGUUUGGCACCCAUGUAUUAUCGCAAUGCUAAUUGCGCUGUCGUCGUGUAUGAUAUUACUCAAGCUUCCUCUUUGGAUAAAGCUAAGGCUUGGGUCAAUGAAUUACAACGCCAAGCAGAUCCCAAUAUUGUCAUUGCAUUAGCUGGUAACAAGUCCGAUCUUGAGGCCAGAAGAGCUAUUGAGACCAAGACUGCUCAAGAGUACGCUGACGAAGCUGGUUUGUUGUUUUUUGAAACUUCGGCAAAAACUGCCGAGAAUGUCAACGAGUUAUUUCAUGCGAUAGCCAAGCGUAUGCCUCUCGAUCAACUUGCAGAUAGCUCGCGUGGUGGUAGAAAUAGAGCCGGAUUAAACUCUCGUGGUGGUGUAGAUUUAGAGAAUUCAGGAAACUCGUCUGCUGCUGGUGGAUGUGCCUGUUAG